AUGAAGCUCCCAGUUGCUUGGAUUGCGUUGCUCCAAGCCGCCACUUCAGCGGCCGCACCCGCCAGCCACGACGACGCCGCGCCCACGGCAACUGUUGACUCGGGGCCCAUUUUCGGUGCUGCGACUCAACUCCCCGGCGCGUCUGGACCUGUCAAUAAGUUCCUGGGCAUACCGUACGCGGAAAACCCAGAGCGCUUUGCCCUCUCCAAACCACCAAGGAGAUGGAACUCCCCAAAGAAUGCCACAGCCUUUGGACCCUCGUGCUAUCAAUUGGUCGUGGAAACCGAUGUCGGCCCCGGCAAAGACCUUCUCGAUGGUCUGUUCAAUCAACAUCCGCCUCAAAGUGAGGACUGCCUCUCGAUAAAUGCAUUUGCCCCAACGACGCCCGGUCCGGUACCCGGCCGCCCGGUCAUUGUUUUCAUUCCCGGUGGCGGAUGGCAGAUGGGCAACGGUCUGCUCGACUUGUCCGGGUUUGCCGGAUACGAAGACAUUGUUGCAUUCGCCUUCAACUACCGGACAAACAUAUUCGGUUUCCCCAACAGCGGCGAGCUCCCCGCCCAGGAGCGAAAUCUCGGUCUGCACGACCAACGGCUCGCACUCGAGUGGGUGCAAAGGAAUGCCAGAGCCUUUGGUGGCGAUCCCGCCAAAGUCACCAUCUGGGGAGAGUCGGCCGGGUCGCUGUCGGUCGACAUACACAUGCUCGCAUACGCCAACGCGACCAAGCCCCCAUUCCGGGGCGCCGUCAUGUCCAGCGGCGAAUCCUCAUUCGGCCUGCUCGGCACGACGACGACGCCCAACAACACCAAAGCCUGGGACAGCGUCGCCGAAGCAGCAGGGUGCCGGGGAGCCCGCAAGCUCGACUGCCUGCGAGGAAUCCCAGCCGAAGAGCUCGUCAACAUGAUGCAAAAGGCCGGCGUCACCUUGAUGCCCAUCGAGGACGGCAAGGCCGUUCCUGCAGGGCGAGCCGCUGCAUGGAGGCAAGGGAGGGUGGCCAAGGUGCCGGUAUUGGCGGGCACAAUCGCGCAGGAAGGGCGGGCUCUUGUCAACCACAACAUCUCGCGGGAUCGGUUCGACCAAGCAUACCUGCCCGACGCCUUGUUCACCAAGGAUCAACGUGGUCGCAUCUACGAGCACUACAGGGGACUUUUCGGUUUGCAGACAGACUUUGACGUGGCCGCUGCUAUAUACACCGACUUUGUUUGGCAAUGCCCGAUGCAUAGGCUGACUCAGGUUUCCGCGUCCAUCAGGAACCCCACGUGGCGGUAUUACAUGAACGUCUCCCUGGCGGAUAGACUUCCCGAGGAGUACGGGUACCUGGGCAAGUUCCACGGCAGUGACGUGCUGCUUCUUUUCCAGUCACCGACGUACGACGACUCGACGGGUGCUGGGGCGCUGCUCACUCCUGUGCUGUCCACGUUUGCCGAUUACCUGCGCGGCGCGAUUGGGAGGUUUGCGCGAAACCCGAGCGGCGGUCCGGGCUGGCCGAUGGUCGGCUCGCAUUUUGAGCCGUUUGACGUGGUGACGCUGGGAGAUGUCGGUUCCGGGCACGCGGCGGGGCCAACGCCCGUGAAUCAGACGGCGCUUGAUGAUGACUGCGUCUUGUUCAGGGACGCGCUGGACAUGUAUGAGAGGUGGAUGGGCUCUGGGUGA